AAAAUACUUCUCAAAUCUUCCCCUUCGUAAUACGAAUCCAACGGAAAAAGAAUCGUCGAAAACGGUCGUGAAACGAGGGAGAAAAGCCUCGCCGGAGUUUCGCCGGAGAAAAAACAUUUCGACGGAAAACGGAGAAGAAGGAGGAGCUGCCGCCGCCGCCGUACCACCUCUGACCUUCGCCGCCCUGAUACCACCAUUUUCGGCCGUUCGCUCGUCCAAACGGACUAAUAUGCAGGUGGGAAAGCUGAGGAUUAAGUGUGAUUCGAGGCUUUUGGUCGGGCAAAUCAAUGGCUCCUGUGAAACAAAGGAGAUCCGGAUGAAAGAAUAUAAGGCUGCUGCACUGGAACUCUUAGGAAAUUUCCAGAUGUAUGAAAUCCUGCAGAUACCGCGAGCUCAAAAUCAAGAAGCUGACAUUCUAUCUAAAGUGGGCUCCGACACGCCUGAGUACAUCUCCAAGAUAGCUCGGGUGGAGGAACUGUCAACACCGAGCAUACAGCAGACCCUCAUACAUCAGGUACAAUCCAUCCCGAGGGACUGGACUACCGACCUAAAAGAAUACAUUGACAAUGGGCAAUUGCCCCAAAGUGAGGUCGAGGCCAGGCUUGUCAAGCUCCGACCUACACCCUCCUUGAUGGCGUGCUGUACAAAAGGUCCUAUAACGCACGCUCCUACGCUGCCUCAACACCAGUGAGGCCAAGCUGGCCAUGGAAGAGGUGCACGCUGGGGUUUGCUCGGCACACCAGGGGCCUCACACAAUGUCCAGGAAGCUCCUAUUACAGGGGUAUUUCUAGCCCACCAUGGCGAAAGACUGUGCACGGAUGGCACGCAUCUGUGAAGCAUGCCAACAAUUUCAGAACGCCCCAUAAGCACAGCAAUCCCAUUUUCCAGAUAGGGUGUAGACCUCGUGGGACAGCUUCCCCGAGGUACUGGCAACUGCAGAUGGAUCAUAGUCUCCAUCGACUAUUUCACCAAGUGGAUAGAAGCGGAACCACUGGCCAGCAUAACCAAGGCGCAGUGUAGGAGGUUUGUCCACAAGAAUAUCCUCACUCGCUUCGGUGUGCCACAGCAGCUCAUCACGGACAAUGGUACUCAAUUCGAGGCCAAGAGUUUCCAAGACAUGCUGGCCAGCUGGGGAAUCAAACACACCGCAGCCUCCAUCGCCUACCCAUAGUGCAACGGACAGGUGGAAAAUGCCAACCACACCAUCUUGGCGGGCUUAAAAAAGAAGCUCACAGACGAAGGCGGAGGCUGGGUGGAAGAGCUCCACAAAAUUCUGUGGGCUUACAGAACAACUCCCCGCAGGGCAACGAGUGAAACUCCAUUUUCACUAUGCUACGGCUUUGAAGCCAAAGCCCCUACGGAAGUCACAAUUCCGACCCCGUGGGUCCUAGCAUACGACCCCGAGCAGAACGAGCAGAACAUGCGAGUCGAUCUCAACUUCAUUGAUGAAAGAAGGGAGAACGCAUUCUUGAGGUCGGAGAAUUACAGACGCCAAAUCAAAAGCUAUUAUGACGCCCGAGUCCAAGGUCGGGAGUUCCAAGUGGGGGACUAUGUCCUCAGGCAACGAUCGGUCGGCCAACCCAAUGAGGGAGGAAAGAUGGCCAAAAAAAUUGAAGGGCCCGACAUCAUCACAGCUGUAGUCCGGCCCGGCACUUACAAACUAAGCACUCCAAAAGGCACAGAAGUUCCGAGAUUAUGGAAUGUCCACCACCUGGUGAGGUACUACCAGUGACCCAGCGCUGUAAAGGAGACGAUGAGCCCUCGCUAAACGGAGACUUUGCACAAUCACAGUCACUGAUAGCAGCCUCAUCUGUACACUGUAAACUAUUUACGGCUCCCAUUGAAAUUAAUGAAGGAAGGUUUCAACACAAAACUCUCCCUGGAAGCAACCUAUAAGCCUUCCAGUUUAUACUCAACAAUAAGAUAAGUCGGGGCAAAUUAAUAAGUCCUCGUAAACACAGGCUCUUCAGCCCAUUCUUAAAAUUCUGAGGCCAUUUUGUAAGACCUCGACGCUUCCAGGGACAACAGCCUCAGCGACUCCCAAAAUCUGAGGUCACUCUGUAAUCCCUCGACGACACACGCUCCUCAACCGGGCUCCAAAACCAAGGCAACUUUGUAAGUCAUCGCGAAUACAGGCUCUUCAGCCAAACUCCAACGAGCCGAUGCGACUUUGUAAGCCCUCGCAAGCAAAAGACUCUUCGGUCUACAAUCAAUCUUUGAGGCGACUUUAUAAUCCCUCCAUUCUCCGGGAACAACAGCCUCAACGGCUCCCGAUCUCCGAGGCCACUUUGUAAGCCCUCCACAACCAAACAGGGAGAAUAGCCCCACGCGGCUCCCAAGGAGAGAAGUCAAGGCAUCUAUAUAAGCCCUUGUUCCUUCCUCAUAAAACAAGCUGGGAUAGUAGCCCAACGCGGCUCCCGAAUAUUGGGCUGAGGCGAUUUUAUAAGUCCUCGCACCCCACGAAUUUUCGUCUCCCCCUUUAGCAUUGAAGGCGGGGGGAGAUAGAGGCUAAGCCGGAGGGUUGGACUACUUGACGGUCCACUCCUUGAGGAGUAAGUUUUCACACUUACCACGAGGUAAGUGUGGGAAUGAUCCUCCCUAAAGCUGUGGUACUUGCCAUGAGGUUGGGCUACUUGACGGUCCUGACCUUGGUCGAGCACCACUCGCUUCUGACCUCGCCGGCUCCCGUAUGAAUCUCGCAGUAUCGAGCUCUAGUCCAUAUCUCGCGGUCUAGAAGGUGGUCAGCUCCCUAAAUUGAUGGCGCAAUGCCACAGUCUGGAAUCAAAGUCUGACUACCUGCACCUCUCGCUUCCGACCCCGCCGGGCUCUCAUACGAAUCCCGCAUAGCCGAGCUCUAGUCCAUAUCUCGCGGUCUGGAAGGAGGUCGCUAUCAAAAUCAAUGGCGCAAACCCAAAACAGCCCGGUAUUAAAGUUCGGCUGCAAUACAAUGCAUCACUGUGAAUGUGACACUUCAAAAAUUUAAAUAAAAAUAAAAAUAAUUUUUAAUCAGAUAAAAUAUUACGAAAAUAACAAUUUUAUAAUUAAUUAAGUCAGACAAAAAUUCAACAGUGGUAACGUGCCAAUCAGAUAAAAAUUUCAAAAUUUAUGAUGUUUUAGUCAGAUAAAAAUAUUUCAGUAAUAAGAACAGCAUUUUAGUAAACAAGUGAACCAGACAGAAAAUUUACAUUUACGACAUUUUUAGUCUGAUAAAAAUGGUCUGAUAAAAGAACUAAGUACGUAUAUUAUAUAAAAACCUACGUACGUAUAAUAUAUAUAUAUAUAUACUCCUACGAUAUAUAAACUAUGUAUGUAUUAU